AUGUCUUGUGUCUUUCUAGCCCUAAAAAUAGGAAAAGUCAACUGGCAAUCCAAACUAAAUAAAGCUGCACACCACACCUCUGAUUACAGCAGCACAGAGCUCAUCUUGAGGAGAGGGCAGCCCUUCAACAUCUCUCUGAACUUCAAAACAGCAGCACAAUCUUGGGACAACAUCACCUUUAUUGCAAGCACAGGACCAUCUCCAGCAGAAUGCCAGCAGACCAAGGCCAUAUUUAGCCUUUCUGAGGAGGGUGCCAGUGGCUGGAGUGCAACCCAAGAGCCCAGUGAGCCUCGCUGCCUGACCUUCACCAUCCUCAGCCCGGCCGACGCCGUCAUCGGACGCUACAAACUCCAGCUCCAGGUCCUUGCUGGGAGCAAGGUCUCCUCCAAAGACCUGGGCCAGUUUGUGCUACUCUUCAAUCCCUGGUGUCCAGAUGAUGAUGUCUACAUGGCUGAUGAAAAGGAGCGGCAGGAGUAUGUCCUGAAUGACAGUGGAAUCAUAUUUCAGGGAGUGGAGAAAGAUAUUCAAGAAGAAGCUUGGAACUAUGGACAGUUUGAAGAGGACAUCCUUGAUAUCUCUCUGGCUGUUCUGGACCGGAGCCUGAACCACCGUGAGGACCCAGCUGAGGAUGUGUCCAAGAGGAACAGCCCUGUCUAUGUCAGCAGGGUUAUCAGUGCCAUGGUUAACAGCAACGAUGAGAAGGGCGUGCUGGAAGGGAAGUGGAGCGGGAAGUUCCGCUCAGGAACAAACCCCCUGCGCUGGAGCGGCAGCGUGAGCAUCCUGCGCAGGUGGCACCGGGCCCGCUACAGACCCGUGCGCUACGGCCAGUGCUGGGUCUUUGCAGGAGUCACCUGCACAGUGCUGAGAUGCUUGGGAAUACCUACUCGUGUUAUUACAAACUUCAACUCUGCCCAUGACAAGGACCUAAAUCUGAGUAUUGAUAAGUACAUUGAUGUGUCUGGAAACAACCUGCACUUGAGUGAAGACAGUGUGUGGAAUUUCCAUGUCUGGAAUGAAAGCUGGUUUGUUAGAAGAGACCUCGGCUCUUUUUAUGAUGGAUGGCAGGUUCUGGAUGCAACACCCCAGGAAAAAAGCAAAGGCGUCUAUCAGUGCGGUCCUGCCUCCACCAGAGCCAUUAAGGAAGGGGAUGUGAACCUGGAUUACGACAGCCCCUUUGUGUUUGCAGCAGUGAAUGCUGACUGUGUUACUUGGAUUCGCUAUAGCAAGAAAAGAAAAGAGAGAAUUUAUUCUGAUACCAGGAAGAUUGGAAAAUUUAUCAGCACCAAAGCAGUGGGCACCAACUCCCGUGUGGAUGUCACUGCUAAUUACAAAUAUCCAGAAGGAUCCUUGAAAGAAAGGCAGGUGUACAAGAAAGCACUGAAGCUGCUUGGAGUGAAAAGACCUGAGAAAAGAAGCAAAAUUCCAAGACCCAGAAGAUUUUCAAGGACACAGCCUGCACAAGCCCCCAGCAUCUCAGGGAAGCUGCUCCUUGAUGCAUCUCCUGUGGUUGGCCAGGACAUCCUCCUUACCCUGACACUCAAAAACUUGAUCUCAGAUUUUAAGACCAUAAAGGUUAAACUGAAGGCUUUAGCCAUCCUCUACACCAGAAAACCCAAGGCAGAGAUUUUGCAGUUGCAUAGGUCUGUUAAACUUGGAGCUGAAGAAGUGAAAGAGAUUUCUUUUAAGAUCUCCUACUCCCAGUACAAAAACUCUCUGAUGGAUGACAGGAAGAUCCUGGUGACUGCUGUGUGCCAGAUCAAACGGGGAGCCUCACUUCUAGUUGAGAAGGAUAUUGUGCUCCAGGAUCCUUUUCUCUCCAUCAAGGUCCUUGGUGAAGCUGUGGUACACAAGCCUGUCAAUGUGGAGGUGACAUUUACCAACCCCCUGUCUGAUGAGGUGACAGACUGUGUCCUGAGAGCUGAAGGCAGUGGCCUGCUCAAAGAGCAGCUCCGAAUCCGUGUGGAAAGAAUGGCCCCCAUGGAGACUUCAACAGUGGAAUUUGAAAUCAUUCCCUACAGGAGUGGCACCAGGCAGCUUCAGGUGGACCUGGUUUGCACCCACUUUUCAGACAUUAAGGGAUUUGUGAUGCUUCAUGUGGCUCCUGCUCAGUGAUAUAACCUGUACAAGAGUUCAGUUUUGCCUGUUUAUGAGGCUGGUGCAGUGUUCAUGCAUUCUUAUGACUGGAAGCACAGAAAUGCAGAUUACUCAGCCAAAAUAAAGUGAUGUAAUUUGAACAGAAACUA